UAGCAGUGUCACAGCUGAAUACUCAUCCUUAGCCAACCAAGAUUUGGACGCUACUUGGAAAUACACUACAACACAGACUUCACCAUCACCACUUUUUGAGUGUGCAGUCAUUUCCAGAGACCAACUGAAACUAUCAGGUUCCAUUCACAAUGAACUCAGUGCUUCAGAAGGCUUUCCUGUGGUGUGUGCUGACCACACUUCUGCUGAGCAUCACGAGUGCAAAACCUCUAAAUUCGGAUGGAUUGAGAAGGCUCAGUGUUUGGCUUCAGGGUAGGGUGAGGAGAGAUGUCCACAGCUUGUCCGAGAGGAGCGAGAGCAACUCAGCAGCUUUGCUGACUCAGAGGAACAGCGAUACUGAGUCAUUUGCACCACAGCACAGGAGUAUGAGGGUAAAGCGAACAGAACCAGCCUACUCAAUCAAGCGAGUGGAAAGAGCGGGUUGUAAUCUGUCCACCUGCUCAGUGCACGAACUGGCCCACCUGGUGAAUUUAUUCAACACGAAGACGAACAACGCCCCUACUGAGAAGCUCGGCUCAAACGGCUACGGACGGCGGCGGAGACGUUCCCUUCAAACCUCCUGGCACUAACUUUCCAGGAUCCAUCCACAAUGGGGAUUAAAGAACAACCCGUGAACACCUCUGCGGUUUGUCCUGGGCUUUUGGUUUCCAUUGGCUUGGUUUACUGAGAUGCUUCUGAUACUUCCUUUGCUGAACGUUAGUGUACUCUCUUCAGGCACAAAGGAGCAACUGGAGCAUCCUUCUCUCCAUCCUCUCUCUGCCUGUUGGGUUGGACUGAGAAGGAUUCAGGUCACUUAAAGUGGUUGCGGAAAAAAAGGAAUGCUAUCAGCUGGGAAAAUAUAGAUAUAUGUUAAAAAAUGUGUGGGUCUAAGGCAAUACGAGAGGAAUAGAUGGUCAAUGCAUGUGUUUAGCAUUCUUGUCAUUCUAAUGGAGCUUUGGGACUUGACUCUCUGUCUCUUCUGCAGCACUGAUGCGCCCUCUGCUGGAGGAAUGAAGGAACUAGAACUCUGCCUGCCCAAAUUUUCAUUAAAGAGGACGGUGAGAGAAUAGCAAGAAGAGGAAAAAGGAACUAAGCUAUUUACCAUGGAGGACCAAUGAUGAAGAACGGAGAAAACUCUUUAUGGAAGAAAUGAUUUUUGCUGUCCUCAAGGACAUCCACAUACUUGAAGACUGAUUUACAUAUAUAUUCUGUGGGAGCCGUGCAAUAUUUCACUUUAAUAUUAUUAUGUAGUCUAUUAGUAAUGUGUACAAAGAUGUGUAUAUUAUGAAAAUACUGUAUGUUAAAAGUUCAUGUAUUUAUAUCUACAUACUGUACAUGUAUUCUUAAGAAAUAUUGUAUACAGAAACGGGCAUCUAUAGUUUAUUUUGAAAUAAGAUGUUUAUCCUGUUAAGUGCAUAUCGCUAUAAUGAAAAGCAUUUUUUUUUUUCACAUGAAUCGUUCAAUAAUGUGACACCUGUUAAUUAAUAACCUAUUAAACACCAGCAAGAAUG